UAUUUCGGACUUGUUUUCUCGCUAAUCUUCUGUUAGAAACCAUUUGGAAGCGGCACCGAAUACGUCAGUUAAGAGAACACGAUGGGAAUCUUCACGAACGGAAAAUGCACCUCGGCUGCCAGCCUCGUGGGAAAAAUAGCGAUCAUCACGGGAGCCAAUACCGGCAUCGGAUAUGAAACCACGAAGGACUUCCUUAAAAGAGGUGCUAGAGUGGUGAUGGCAAAUCGCAAUUUGGAACUGUCGGAAAAAGCAGCGGAAAAGUUGCGAGCUGAAGUGCCCAACAGCCAAAUCCGCGUUGUCCGGUUGAAUCUGGCCUCCCUGAAGUCUGUCAAGCAGUGCGCUCAGGAGAUUUUGCAAACUGAACCGGAAAUUCACUUGCUAAUCAACAACGCAGGUGUGAUGAUGUGCCCGUACACCAAAACCGAAGAUGACUUGGAAAUGCAAUUCCAAACCAACCACCUUGGACACUUUCUGUUCACCUUACUCUUGCUGCCGCGAAUUAAGGAGAGUGCACCUGCAAGGAUUAUCAACUUGUCCAGCACGGCCCAUCUAUUUGGAAAGGUGAACUUUGAUGAUUUGCAAUCAGCCAAAUCUUACAGCCCGACCAAGGCGUACGGUCAGAGCAAAUUAUGCAACAUACUCUUCACUCUUGAGUUGAUUGAGCGUCUCAAAGGCUCAAGGGUGGUUACAUACGCCGUGCACCCAGGAGUGGUGUCCACUGAGCUUGGGCGGCAUUUGGAGGGAGGCCAGUCGUGGCUGCUGAACAAACUGGAUUGGGCCAAGAAGACUCCUCUAGAGGGGGCACAAACAACUCUGCACUGUGCACUGGACAGGAACCUCGCUACUCAGAACGGAAUUUAUUAUAGCGACUGCACGCAGGGCAUGAUGUCUUGCAGAGCAAGAAGCGAGAGAGAUGCACAAAAUCUGUGGAAGGUCAGCGAAGAUCUUGUCAAGCAGUAUUUAUAAACUUACAAUAAUAUAGCAACAAAAAGAUUGUAUUCAAAAAUGAUGUAAAAUAAAUAAAAAAUUCUUAUUUGUUGCGCUUGUUGAUGAAAUUUAGAUAAAAUUCUUUAGAAAACACAAA